AUGCGGUUCAGGAGAGAGCCGCCCCUCGCCUUCUUCGCGCGGACGGAGCCGACCGCGGAAGACAACGGAAACUUCCCGCUCCACCUCGCUUCGCCUCGAAUCGUCCGCGGAAGAGAGAUUUUGCGCGGCGACGCGGCGGCGGAUCUCCCGUCGGGCUGUGGAGUCGGCCCCGGCCCCGCUCAGUUGCGCAGAAGACGAACUCGACUUCGUCUCCACGCAGUUCCGUUCGCGACCGAAGACAAAGCGGGGUCAAAUCCGCUUCGCACGAGGUACCCCGCUUCCAAUUCGUUGCCUUCCGUAUCCGACCUUGGACGGCUCCAUCAGAUCCACACGGAGACGCUACGAUUCGGCGUGGUGCGGCCGAGAUCUCCCCUUCUUAAGACUUCGAAGGCCGCAACAUUAUUUGCACACGAGGAGAACAAAAAUUUCCAGUACAUGCAUUGCUGGCACCAACUAAAGGGAGAACCGAAAUGGGAGAGCAUUUGUAGUGCCCAAUCGUUCCGCGGAUUGAAUGCAAAUCCAGUUGGGUCAACAGGUACUCCGUCUGCUCCGACAACUGAAAAUGAUAGUUCAUCAGCAGGGUUGACAGGAAAACGGCCGCGUGGUCGUGAUUUCAGUAAAUCAGAGAGAAACAAACCUGCAUCAUCUUCAUCUCCAGAGUACCUUAGCCGUUUGCAAGAAAUAACUGAAAAACAAAUUCAGAGGUCCAUUGAAAAGGGUGCAAAAAAGAGAAGUGCACAGAAGAAGACAGGGAAAUGGAGAAAAAGAGGUUAGAAUUGGAAGCCGAAAAGGUCAUCAUACGAAAAAGGGAAUUGAAACUUCAAGAACUAGAAUCUGCUGAAAAAAGAUUAGAAAGGCUGGAGGCAACGAAUGAAGAAGAUGUCCAACCCCAUGUUUGGAUUAUGAUACAGAAACAAAAACAAAAGUUGCAAGAAUUCAUAUUUGGUUACGAGUGAAACAUUUAUUCGGUUACUGGUAACUUGAACUUGUUUUACUGAACCUGUUUGUAUUAUUUGUUUAUGUGAGAACGUUACAUUUGUUUGGCAGACCAUUAUAAUAUUUGUACGAACCAUAAGUCGUCAAGGACACUCGUGCAGUGCUGU